AUGGGGAAUGCGAAGUGGGAAAUACGAAGUGGGAAAUGCGAAAUGACGGCCAAAAAACGCGGCUCGAUUAUGCCCCGCCAGUUCCCAGCAUACCGCCUGUACAUUUCUGCUCGGACUAUACAAUGCGCAUACGUGGUGCACGGGUGCGCCGGCGCCUCCAACCACAAGGGCUUUCCAUGGCCUGCCUCUUCGGCUAUCUAUCUAUCGCCAGACGAUUUCAGCUUCGCUGCCAGCACCACAAUUUCCGGCCCACAGCUCGCGCAAGAUCCCCCUGCUUUCUCAAACACACCAGACCAGCCGAAAACCCACGAUCCAGUCAUUGCCCCUGCAACCCACCCGCACGGCCCCGUUCUCACCGAAGAAAACUUGCGGCAUCUAGAGUCUGCCUCUGACCUUCCCCAGACAAAAGACUCUCCGCUCACGGACAUCGGCACGUCUCCUCCUCCGUUCGAAAUUCCCUCCCUCGGCGACAGACGUGCCCGCUCACGGGACAGCUACGAAAGUCUGGAACUCAGCGAUUUGGGCGACGACGAGUCCGAGGCAGAAACAGACAAAAUGGACUUCUUGAACGAGGACUCGAGCUCCAGAACGGGCGACAGGCACACGGACUUGCAGAGACUCUCGGCCCUCACAGAGCUCGCCAACCUACAGGAAAUUGAUUCCGAUGAGUCCGAGGCAGGCGUGCAAGGAAGCGCCCUGUCUACGUCACACAUCCCGCUUCCUGAUCAGAAGACCCCUCACCAUCAAGCCUCAAGUGACAUCACCCGCAGGUCCCAUGAAUACGCAAAGCGCCCCUUCGAAUCUGGGAGCGAAGCAGAUUCAGAAGGAGCCCCCGAUGACUCGCUAAGUGGCUCGGACUCUGAAAAAAGCAAGCGAAGAAAAAUUAGCGAAGAAUCCACCCCAGAAGACCCCAUGAGCGACGUGGACCCUAAGCUCGAUAUAAAGGUCAAACCAGACACCAGCGUGGUGCAAGAAAUUAUCAAAAACGGGGCUGAGCCUCUUUCCUGGCCUGCAGCGGAAUCCGUGGUCACAGCUAUCGUCCCUGUCGAAUCGAUAGCCGCGGGUGAGAACAAACCGAACGAAGUAGAGAUUGCUGAUGAGCAGCCAUCAAGCGAGAAAGAAAUCGCGGAGACUGAUGACCACGCGAAUGAGGCUGUUGCAGACGAACACGUUGUGAAAGAGGGCCAAAACGAGGAUCAAACUCAAGAAGAAGAAGAAGAAGAAGAAGAAGAAGAAGAAGAAGAAGAAGAAGAAGAAGAAAAAGAAGAAGAAGAAAAAGAAGAAGAACGAGAAGAGGUGGAGAUGGAAGAAGAGGGAGAGGCAGAAGAAGAGGAGGAGGAGGAGGAGGAGGAUGAGGAGGAAGAAGAAGAAGAUGAAAAAGAAGAUGAAGAACGAGAAAAACAAGAGAAACAGGGCGAGAAAGCAAGAGAAGAGGAGGAGGACGUCGACUUAGACGAGCAAAGAAGGUCUGCAAUCGAAGAGCUAAUAUCCAUCGAGAAAGACUUCUCCUUCCUCCGAGACAAGCUAUACCAAGACAAACUCAGCCUUCUUGAGCAUGAAAUGCAAUUGUGCUUGGAAGGAUCACAUCCCGAACUUGUCCAGAUUUACUACAAGGUGAAUCAAUUCUACCAGGACAACAUCAAGUUGGCCAACGCCACAUUGAACUACAGUUUAAAAUGCAUCAACACCGAGACUCUUGCGACGCGAACCAGCAUACACCAGGAUUUCAUGAAGAAUCUAGCCGGCACUAGGAACGAAAUGAUAACCGAAACCACGUCGUCGUGGUACAAAAUCAACAAAGAGUGGAACUACUUGGACCUGGCCGUGGCAGAUUACAACUUCACAGCCAUACCGUCUUCGACCCCUCAUUCUCUGUAUAUGCCGAUUGUUGCCGGCGGAAGCAGCGAAGAGUACUACCAAGAUAGUGGCGUGGUCAACAAGAAGACGCAGAAGCAAAAUACGAUAGUAGAGUUGGUCCACCAGCGCAACUGCGUCAACGCUCAACUCGGCAUUUUGAACGGUCUUAAGGAAUUUCAUGGUAUACCGUCGGCGGUGUCAAACAGUCUACUAGAUGACGAUGCUUUCCCGGUCGAUGAGCUUUUGCUCCGAAAGGCUUCACCCGACGAGAUCAAGGAGGACCUCCAGGCAAUGGGCAUAUAUUAA